AUCACACAUGUGGGGAUUUAAAAGCCCUGGUCCCUUGAUCCAUCCCCAGAUUUGGCACCACCCCCAUCGUGCAACCAUGAUCAGCACUUGAAGUUGGCCAGCAGGAGUCAACAAUGGACAUCAAGCGCGAGCAGACCUUUCCCAACCCCCCGCCCCCGGACACUCCCCCGCCGGCGUACACGGAUGGCAUUGACAUCAACGCGGCGUUUGCGACCCUCAACCUCUCGGGCGGGCCGCGGGACCCAAUCGCAGACACCUGCCUGGCCCACCUGAAGCUGCUCGCCGCCUUCCACGCGCUCAGGGAGGAGGUCGGCUACACGGACGGCCUCUGGGGAAUCUGCGACGACCCGGCCUGCCACGAGGCCGCCGCCGCCGCCGCGCCGGGCGGUCGCGGCGGCCCCGCGGCCGAGCUGCUCCUGAGCAAGAGCCGCGAGAAGCGCUGGGCCGUCUUUGUGGCGCGCGCGGCCGACCGCUACGAGGCCUGGUGGGCCGCCGCCAUGCAGUCGGCGGAGCCGCUGGCCGAGGAGCACAUGUGGGAGCCCCUGAGCGCCCUGUACGAGGGGUUCCCGAGCGCGGCGGCGCGGGCCGCCCGGCGGUGGUCCGCGCUCGAGCUGCCGCCGCUCGACGUGCUCAUGGUCUGGCACGCGCACAUGCUCAACCCGCGCGCCUUCCUCGAGGACAUGAUGCGGUGCGGCGCCCGGGACUACUGGGCCGCCGGGAUGCCGUGGGACCUCGUCAGCGCCGCCAUCAACCCAGACUUUGGCUACAGCGUGUCGGACGAUGCCAAGGCCCGCUGGACGAGCUUGACCGGCCGCCAGUGGAACAACGUCCAUGAUUCCAUGAUCAAGGAGCUCCCGUGUCCCGCGUGCUCGGAAAGCGCGCAGCUCAAGUGGUCGACCUGUGGGUUUAGCGAAGAUGGGAAGCCGAGGCACAUCACCGACGCAGCACAGCUCAUCGGCAGCGGCUACGGGGACGGCCAGUUCUCGCACACGUGCCACGGCUGCGGCAUAACCAUCAACAAGGAGCUCCUGAGCGCCGCCAAGUUCGUGCGCGACACCAAGGCGCUGCUGGCCAAGUCCCGCCCCCUGCCUGGCACCAUCCUGGACCCGGACACGGGCGGACCCAAGCUGGAGCCCCCCACGGCCGACGCGCCGCGCACGUACCCCAACCGGCUCGUCAAGAAGGGCGCCCGCGCCGACAUACUCGACCUCAUCCGCCCGGGCGGGGCCGGCGAUGGCACCCCGCCCACCAUGGACGACGUGCGCGCCGCGCUCGAGCGCACCAUGGCGGACCCGGCGCGGCACCAGGAGGCCACGGGCCAGCGGCGGGCGCCGUGGGCGAGCAGGCCGUUUGUGCGGCGCGCCAUGCGGGCCUACUGGCACAACUUCUCGCCCUUCGCGCUCGACCUGGUCGGGGCCGUGACGCGCCAGUCCAUCUUCACGGCCAAGAUGGCGCAGCUCGACUGGCUGCGCAGCCCCGCGGCCAGGGAGACGAUGGAGCGGCUGGUGAAGAAGUACGGCCGCUUCUUUGCAAUAAUGGCCCAGUUCCCCCACCGCGUCGCCGUGCCCACGCUCGACGUCGACUUGGCCUGGCACACGCACCAGCUGAGCCCGUCGGCCUACUACGCCUACUCGGUCCGCACCACCAAGAAGUUCGUCGACCACGACGACAAGAUCGACGAGUCCAAGCUGUCCACCGCCUUUUCCUGGACGAGCGGCAUCUACCAGUGGAAGUACAACGAGGUGUAUUCCGAGUGCACCUGCUGGUAUUGCGAAUCCGUCCGGACAUCCCAUGUCAGCGGCGUCGGAAAAUUGCUCGGAAUAUCCAAGAACGACCAGAUCUCGGAAAAGUUCCACACCUCGGGCCGCGCCAAGCUCUGCCCGCCCGACAACUCGGCCCACAUAUCGGCGCACAACGCGGUCCGCACCGUCGCCGCCGACGAGCGCGGCCGCCGACUCCUCGAGCACGCCCGGGCCCGGCACGACCGCAUGCUCGAGACGAGCUACGCCAAGGCGAAGAAGCGGGCCGAGCAAAAGGGCAGGAAGCUGCCGCCCCAGCAGGAGUACUACGCCCACUGGGGCUAUGCCUACUUUAUGUACUCGCCCUACGUCUACCCCGUCUACUACAGCCCCGAGGUCUACUGCGGCUGGGACCAUUCGACCGUCCACACGGGCCAGGGCGAGUACGGGAACUGCUGCCAGGGCAGCUGCGGCACGACGACCGGCGGCGGAUGCGCAACCGCGGGCAGCGCCUGCGGCUCAGACAUCGGCAGUGGCGGUUUCGACGGCGGCGGCGUCGGUGGCGGCGGCGGCGGUGGGUGCGGCAGUAGCAGCGCAGCUUGCGGGGGCGGUGGUGGUGGUUGCGGAGGUGGAAGCAGUAGUUAACGUGUCUCGUUUCGCAGCUGUGGCACUUCCCCUUUCGUGAGACUGGUAGAUAUCUUGGUACAUCCUUAUCUUGGUAGGUGUCGUCGGAAUGGCUCGGGAUCAUGUAAGACGAUGCGUCAGAGCGCUUGGCGGGAAAUAGGUUGCUCCAUAACUGCGAUGUGAUAUGGUAACACAACCUUUCCGAGACUAGAUAUACAGAUGCCAGUAAAUGUGAAAGGGGCGACGGCAGAAGGGAAUCAAACAUUCAUGUGGUGAGAUGGCUAUAGCAAGUUGCGCCCAGCGUCGUCAGAUGGUAUACAAAAACACAAUGUGGGGGAUCUCUCGUACAAAAAACCGGAUAGUAAAAGACAGAGUUUGUUUCCAAACAAGAGGUCACCACAUGUUACUAGAAUAGGCCAGGCACUUCACUUAGAUACCCCAAAGACCCGUGGCGGAGCUGCCGGCCCCGGACGGGAAGCCACGGAUGUUCUCGUU